AUGGGUGCUGUUCUGGUGUUUUCCUGGAUUGACAUUCAUCCUACCGAGUACGGUAGCUACGUAUAUCCAGACUGGGCAACUGCUGUUGGUUGGACUUUGUCCAUGUUUUCAGUGUCGGCAAUUCCUAUUGUAGCCUGUAUCCAAGUCUACAAAGCCGAGGGACCUGUUGGAAAACGAAUAAAGAUGUUAAUCCAGCCAACAGAUGAUUGGGGACCCAAGCUUCAGAUGCAUCGUAUGGAGACCCGCAGUCCUAAACACACCGACUCCCAAGUUCCACUGGCACUACCAAACUAUGAUCCCGAUUGCUUUGAUUUCCCAGAUGACCUGAGCAAGGAAGGUGAUGGUCAACAAGAUGACACAUCAGAUUCAGAAGGUCUAAAGCUCAACAUUCCCAGUUACCCUAAUCAUGAAACUGGACUUUAAGUUGAUAUUCAAAAACGAACAUCUUACUUAAAGGUUUAGAAAAGGGGCUGUAGUGUUAAUGGUUUCAUUCCCUAGCAGUAUCUGUGUACUGUUUUGGGUUAACAUAUCUAUAAUGCUGGGAUUAUAGUCUUAUAGCCCCAUAAGAUAAUGGUUGCAUUUCUUUCUCUAUGAAUAUAAUUUACAUUUUCUUUCCUGUCAUACGUUCAUAUUCUAUAAUCUAAACUGUAGCUAAGCUAUGGCAAAUAAUAUGACUAUCAAGGUUUUAGGAGUAACAGGAAAGUCGUAUUAAGAUAACAAAAAGAUCUGAAAAACACCAUGAAACAAGAAAUUAGCUGAGCCUCCAAAGUUCUUUUAAGUUUCAUGUGAUUUUACUAAUGGUGCGAGUUGUAAUUAUAGAAACAUCUGAAUAAGUGUAAAUAUAUAACUUGCAUGUUAUGUUCUGUAAAUAUUAUAGAGUGCCAACAAUAUGAAUUAUUUCACUAAACUCUACAUUAAUAUGUCAUAUUUUUUAUUUGUCAAUCAAGCUUACGAAUUCUGAAGUCUUUAUAAGACAGGGUGCAUAUCGUGAGCUGUUUUCAUUACUGGUAAUUUUUUUUAUCAUAGAAAUUUUACAAUUGGGUUUUUUUUUAGCUUUUUUGAUGAAUUGAAUAAACAUUUAUUACGAUCAUAAUAUUAAUCAUUCUGAGAUUUUGAAGAGACAAUUGUAUCAUAUGAAGUAAAUUAGUAAAUUUUCUUGCUGUUCUUAAUUAACAAAUAUACAAUUAUAUGUAUUUCUUACUGUACAUAGUUUCUAGUGGUGGUCUUUGUUUUCGUAUAGCUUAU